AAAAUGACUGGCACAAGUAAAGUUUGAAUUUGGUAUUGACGACAAUAUUGUUAGAAUAAAAGCAUAAAAUGGAAAAUAAAAUAAUCAUUUCUCAUGCCACCCACUUUUAAACAAACUAGUUCAUCAUGUGCAAAAUGUAAACAAACCACAACUGACGCAACAGGGUUACCAGACAACUAUUUGUAAUUUUUUUUUUGUUGUGUUGCAUUGGCAACACUGUCGCCCUCAGCAAAAUAUAAGGAACACAAAGAAAAUUGAUAAAAUUCAAAUAAAAACAUGAAAUUUGUUGCAACCGACUGCUGAUGCACACAAGCCACCAAUCAUCGCAAGCACUGAGCACAAAAUCACACUCACACACACACACAUUUUAAUAACAGGGGGGGAUCGCACACACACACACUCAAACACACACACACACACGUACCGCUAACAAAAUGCACGCCGCAUCGAUGACGUCGGUGGAGGUGCUGUUGAAUGAAUUCUACCAGCCGACAACGAGCAAUGCGAGGAAACGGGAAAUCGAAACGAAUCUGCUGGCAUUCAAAUCCCAGCCAGAGGCGUGGCAACUCUGUCUGCGUGUGGCAACAGCCAGCAACAGUUUCACCGAGAAUCAAUUCCUUUGGUUCUUCAGCACCUCAACGCUGGAGCAUACGAUCACACGACGCUGGACACAGCUAACCACCUCGGAUCGCACACUGCUCCGGGAGACACUGUGGAACAGCUAUGCACAGCUGGCGAUACUCAAUGUGGCACGCAGACAUCGCGAUACAUUGGCGCAAUUGAUUGCGUUGUUGGGGAAACGCGAGUUUCCCGAACAGGAUCCCAAUUAUAUGAAACAUUGCAUGGAAUUGACCAAAACACGAUUUGCCCUCGGGAUUAAUCUGUUGCGCGUCACCUCCGAGGAGGUUGUGAGCAAUCGUGACGACCUCACCACCGAAUGGAAACAAUACUUCCAAUUGUGCAUUUCCAUGUGUAUACCCGAUGUUAUGGACUUGGUGACCAAAUAUCUACUAAUCGCCGUUUGUCAUAUCAAUGGUCAAGACAUACAAUCAAACAUACCCAGCACAUUCAUGGAUUUCAGUCUAACUACAGCGCUGCCAAAUGACAAUCAAUUAAGUUCCUCUGUGCUGGAGUUGCUCGGCUGUGUGCAGCAUUUGGUGUCCUGGAUACGCACUGAUCUGAUCUCUGAGUAUUUUCUAAUGAGCAUACUCGACUUGUCGCAAUGGCGACAGGACAAGGAACCCAUCUCAUUGGCUGCACUCUCGGUGCUGAACGAGCUGCUCUAUUUGCAGAAACCAUUGCCCUAUGCGGGCACCCUGAUCAAUGGCGUUAGUGGAUUGCUGGAGCAGCACAAUAAUACGAAACAUCAGAGUGAAAUGUAUAGCGAUAAGUUUCGUGAACUCUUGAGACUUUAUAGCACCAAAUAUGCGGGCAAAUUGCUGCAGGAGACGGAAAUGCUUGAGUCAUUUCUCGAUCAACUCUAUCGCUGCACCAUCAAAUUGCAUGGCGCUCUUGACUUUACCGAGAAGCUGGAUAUUUGGACACCCAUCAUAAAGGUGAUUGCACAGCAGCCAGGACGCAUGACAGCUUAUCAUGGUGACAUUAUGAUGAAGCUGGUGGAUGAGAUAAUGCGACGCACACAAUUCGAGAUCAACAAGCCAGAGCUAGAGCUGCUGGACAAUGAGCUCAUGGAGGAUGAUACACCCACAACGGAGUGGCAGCAGUUUCUCGACCAGUGUUUUGAGUGUCUAGCUCUUUUGGCAAGCACACGUGGUGCUCACAUUGUGUUUGCACAAGUAUUUGCACAUUGGUCGCGACCGCAAACGUAUUUGUUAUCGCUGGAAUUGGCACUGGAUCAUGGCAGUGGGCGUUGCUAUGAGGCGGCCAGGAAAUUGAAAAUGGCAAAUGUGGGUGAAAUAUUAAGAGAUUUUGCGACCGUCUGUCAGGCGGUAGUGCGAUUGGCGCCAUUGAUGGACACAGCGACAGCUCCCGCGGAUGUCGUGGAUGAGAUGGAAAGCCAACUUCAAGUGCUAUCCGAUAGAUUGCUGCAAACGUUGCAGCUGCUCGCCAGCAAUCGUAUCGGCAGCUACGAUGCGGACAAGGCGAGCUUUCAGACUGAUUUGGAUAACCUUUACGCUCAAGUUUUAUUGGCCAUACGUAGCAUAUUUCCGCUGUCAAAGUCGCUGAACAGCGAACAGCUGCUGCAUCGACUUUUUGCCAUAUUGGGCAGCAUAUUUGCGUGCAACAAUUCGUUGUCGGCUGCCUCGCCGAUUGUGCAGCAGGCGGCCAGCGAGGUGCUGCUCUUCAUAGCGACUGUGAUACGACCCAAGUGUCUGCUGGACAUACCCGAGAUUCAAAGUUUAAUGCAGGCGGGGCCACGCCUUGGCGCCCAAUUGCCACGCCAGGUGUGCAUCAAUGUGCACAUCAGUCUGGUCAGCUAUAUGGUAUUGCCGUGGAAAUCGGUGCCCGAACCACAACAGGAUUAUCCCCGUCGCCUUUGGAUGUUGCGUGAAUAUAUCGAUUCCUUGGCACGCAAUUUUGUCGAACUCGAUUUACCGGCUGCCGGAGAGAGCAAAGUGGCAGCCACAACGCUCAGUCUGCUGGGCACAUUCACCGCUCUCAUCGAGUACUUUAAGGCGACGGGCGCCAAUGCCAAGGAUAUGCUGGCCACCACAUUCAAGCCCAUAUUGAACAAGGCACUGGUCAUAUUCAAUAGCUAUGGACUGAGCAGCAUUGCCAUGGCCAUAACAGUGGCCGAAUUCAGUCUGAGCAUGUUGAGGACACUGCCAAUGCAUUUGGGUGCACAGUUUAUCAAGGAGAUGAUAACGCUCUUUAUCGAUGUCAGCAGCAGGGAACAAUUGACGCUGAGUCGCUUGGCUGUUAUGGAGAAGGUGCUGCAAAUGUUUCAGCUGAUUGUGGAGCAACCUGGCAGCGCCUCCUUGGCCCUGUUGCCCAACAUCUUGGCUUUUAGCACACAGCAGAUAUUGCCACUGUUGCAGCAACAAAAUGCGGCCACCGACAGCAGCGAGAUUACCAGUCUGCUUUAUGCGCUCUUCGACAGCGUGCUCACCUGCAAGUGGCAGUUCUUUUAUAAGAAUCAACUGAGUAAUGGCCAUGGCAAUGCCACAGUGAAUGGACAACAGUCGCAGAAUUUCAAUUGCAGCGACAAUUUGCAUCCGGAUAGCUUUAUGGCCAUUAUGAAUGCAUAUGGCCAGAUGUUGGUCAGCGGCACAGAUCCGACCAAUGUGCGGAGUGUUCUGCUCUCCAUGCAGAAUGUGAAUGAGCGAAGUCGUCUCUAUCAGCGUGCAUUGUUCAAGGAGCAGCUAUUGGCAUCCUUUCAGCGUGCUCUGCUCAAUUUACUGCUCAGCGGUGAGGGUGCAUUGCAUUUUGAUUUAAUCGCCCAGGCACUGUAUGCAAUGGGACAAGUCGAUCGACGGCAAUUGCACGAAAGUUUUGUGAAUGCAGCGCUGCCCGUGGCGCAAACCGCACUCGAGGAUAUAUGCCAGACAACUGACAUUCCAACGUUUACGCAGAAACUGACACAGCUCAUGCAGGAUGCGCACUGUGCGCAUCUAAAUGAAACAACGUAGACUAAGGAUAUAUAUCAAUCGGAACAACAAGAAGACAUCCUAUUCAAAAAUCAAACUCUAAAUUAAACACUGUCACAAAAAAAAAAAAAAAUAAUUCUCCAUGUUCUGUCUCUGUCUGUUUAUCUAUCUGUUUGUGAUUUCAUAUUAUGUUGAUAUGUAUAUAGCUGUACUUAUUGUUUCCCCCUCUGUCACACACACACACUCCCUUUCAGUCUGUCUCUUGUGUCUACAUAUUUGUGUGUAUAUCUGCCAUUUCAUGUUCAACUGUUCUGUGUUCCUUUUUGAGAAGAUCCUUCAAACAAAUGCGAUCUACAAACAACAAUUUAUAAAAGACAAUGUUAGCUUGUAAUGCGAUUCCGUUAUAUAAAAGAAAAGUAAAACCUA